AAAAGGGAAAGAAUUGAUGUAGAAUUACAGCCUAGAGGUAGUGAACCAUAUAAGGGACUUGAAUUUACUUCUGCUGGUGAAGCAUAUGAAUUUUAUAAUGCAUAUGCUGCUAAUUUGGGCUUUAAAGUCCGGAUUGGCCAGCUGUUUCGUUCAAAAAAUGAUGGGUCGAUUACCUCGCGAAGAUUUGUUUGCUCUAAGGAAGGGCAUCAGCACCCGUCAAGAGUUGGGUGUGGCGCGUUCAUGAGGAUACAGAGACAAGAAACAGGACGAUGGUUGGUUGAUCGUUUUCAAAAUGAGCAUAAUCAUGAACUUGGCCUGCCCGUUGAUGCUAGUGGGAGAGUAAAAGGAUUUAAAGAAGAAGCGAGCAGUGUGUUGGAGAAUAUGGAUUUAGUUGAAUUAAAUGGUGGCCUUAGCCUUGUUACACGAGGCCGGGAGAGUAGAAUUGGCAGUGAUUGGUAUAAUGAGCUUUUUGAGUAUUUCCAGGCUAGGCAAGCAGACGAUAUGGGAUUUUUUUAUGCAGUGGAAAUGCAUAAUGGUAGAGCUAUGAGUGUAUUCUGGGCUGAUGCCCGGUCUAGAUUUUCUUGCACUCAAUUUGGUGAUGCAGUUGUUUUUGACACAACAUAUAGAAAGGGGGGUAGUUACUCAGUGCCACUUGCUUCAUUCAUUGGGAUUAAUCACCACAGGCAGCCGGUGCUUCUUGGCUGUGCCUUAAUUGCGGAAGAGUCUGAAGAGUCAUUUACUUGGGUGUUUCAAGCAUGGCUUCGUGCAAUGUCAGGGCGCCAUCCUGUCUCUAUAGUCGCUGAUCAGGACAGAUCCAUUCAACAUUCAAUUGCUCAAGUUUUUCCGGGAAUACAUCAUCGUUUUUCAGCAUGGCAAAUUAAGGCUACAGAGCAGGAAAAUAUUGGUGCAUUGCUCUCUAUGAAUCCUGAAUUUAAGUAUGAAUAUGAAACUUGCAUUUUCCAGAGCCAGACUGCGAAUGAGUUUGAAGCAGCAUGGAAUGUGCUAGUUAACAAAUAUAAUUUAAGAAAAAACACAUGGUUAAUGGAGAUGUAUAGGAUGCGCAAGAGUUGGGUGCCAUUACACAUUAGGGGCACAUUCUUUGCUGGCAUUCCAAUGGACGGAAGCUUGAAAUCAUAUUUUGGCACCAUAUUGACAUCUCAAACACCACUCAGUGAAUUUCUUAUACGGUACGAAAAAGCCCUUGAGCAACGCCGCGAAGAGGAAAGGAAAGAGGAUUUUAACUCGUUCAAUUUACAAGCAGUUCUGCACACGAAGGACCCUAUAGAAGACCAGUGUAGAAGGCUUUACACUAUUACUAUGUUCCAAGUGUUUCAGAAAGAGCUUUUGGAGUGCUAUAGCUUUGUUGGAAUUAAGAUAAAUGUUGAAGGUGCCAUUAGUAGGUAUCUGGUGCAGAAGAGUGGGAGUGGAGAUGAGAGGAACACAGUUGCCUUUAAUGCCUCAAGUCUUAAUGUCAGCUGCAGUUGUAAAAUGUUUGAGUUUGAAGGUGUGCUGUGUAGACAUGCCUUGAAAGUUUUUCAGAUUAUGAACAUAAGAGAGCUUCCGUCUCGCUAUAUCCUACAUCGGUGGACAAAGGAUGCAAAAUAUGGUAUACUGCGGGAUGUUGAUUCAGGGGGUGCUUCUAAAGAUCAUAAGGCAUUGAUGUUGUGGAGCUUAAGAGAAGAAGCAAAGAACUACAUUGAGGCAGGAACAGCAUCUUUAGAAAGAUACAAACUUGCGUUUGAGAUCAUGCAGGAGGGUAGAAGAAAUCUUUGUUGGCAAAACUAGGGAAGUACGUGGUAUAACAAACAUAGAUCAGAGGUCAGAGACUCUUGGUCAUCUUGAAAAGGGAUAGUCUUGCAGAACAUUGAAGCCAAUGUCAAAUUUUUGAUGAUCAACUCUGUGCAAUCUUGUCGCAGUCUGUUGUACCAACAAUUUUGGUAAAUUCCAGAGCUUUCAAGACGUGUUGUGUAUUUUGGAUUAGACCAGAGUUGCCAAUGAUAAUUCAAACAUUGUUGGUGCCACCGAAAAGUAAGCCUUCCUCAAGCAAACAAAUCAUCAUAUGUCUUAAUUUCUUUCUCAACCACUAACUGCAACUGUGAAUUAAAGAUGUUCCUACAAAAUGAUACUCUCCAGUUUCUUAGUAAAACUGGACAAUUGUGGUACUGAAAGAAGCUUUUGAAGCUUGGGGAAAAUGGAAAGUUGGAAAAUUCAUCAUCGGCCUGUGGAAAAUGGUUCCUCCAGUGGUCAUAUGGUUCAUUUGGAAAGAAAGAUCUCAAUGCUGUUCUCAUGGAAUUUCAACUCCGAUUCAUUUUCAAGGCUAGAAUUUUGAUGAAUCUUUUUGCUUGGAGCAGACUAUGUAUUGUAAAUAGUAUUGACACUCUUUUGGAUUUUGUAAGCUCCUUAAGUUUUUCCUAGGAGUCAUCUGACAUUGUACAGAAGCUGUCUUUUUUGUUAUCUUUUUGCAUCUUCUGGAUGCUGAAUGAAUGAAAUUUAUUCUCUUGAUAAAAAAAGAAAAACUGGAAAA